AUUCUGUCUUUAGGUGCUGGCUUUGACUCCUUAUACUUCCGUUUGAAGGACAUAGGUCUUCUGCAUCACACUGUGGUAUAUGAGGUGGAUUUCCCAAAUGUGGCAUGCCAAAAAGCUACUCUGAUCAAAAGAAUGAAAGAGUUGUCAGCACUGGUGGGAGAUAUUGGAGGGGAAGGAUUAGGAGCCAUUACCUUUUCUGGAGAGGAUUAUAAAUUACUGGGAGUGGAUUUAGCAGAGCUGUCUGAGCUGGAGCGAGCCCUGGAGGAAGCAGGACUGGACAACGAAAUCCCCACACUCUUCAUAGCAGAGGUGGUUCUCACCUACAUGGAAAAUAGCAGGUCAGAUGCCUUGAUUCAGUGGGCAGCAGAGCAUUUCUCUCAGGCAUGCUUUCUGCUGUAUGAGCAGAUGCACCCAGAGGACCCCUUUGGACAUGUCAUGCAGCAGCAUUUUAGCCAGUUGAACUCUGCGCUUCGUUCUUUGGCACAGUACCCUGAUUGUGAGGCACAGCAGAGGCGCUUUUUUGAAAAGGGCUGGACUGAGUGUAGUGUCAUGGAUAUGAAUAAGUUUUUCACCUAUUUUACUCCAGAAGAGGAGCAGCAAAGAGUGCAGGCUCUGGAGCCUUUUGAUGAAUUUGAGGAAUGGCAUCUGAAAUGUUCUCAUUACUUUGUCUUGACUGCAUCAAAGGGGAUGGAACCUUCCUGGACUCCAUUGUUAUCCAGUAUGACAGUUCCUCAUUGUGAUGGUCCUGUCAGAAUGGCUGGGAGUAUCACUGCAGCAGUGUGUGCAGUGCACUCUGAAAUUUCUGGCCUGAGACGUUACGGUCACCACUCAGUUCUUAUAAAACCCAAUGUGAUUCUCACCACUGGAGGCUUUGGGGAGGAGGAUGGACGUCACUGCCGUAUGAGAAAUUUUCAUGUGCUAAUUAAGCACGCAGGCUACUGGAAAGCUGACUGCGUGAAAAAGGAAGAUCCUGAUAAAAGAUGGG